AUGAUUGUAUCCGGUUCUUUGGGUCGUCAGAUAGUACCAGAAAUCGAAGCAUUGCCACAACUGGAAGCAAUUUAUGUGUUUUGUGGUAACCAAUCGGUUCAUGAACAAUGGGCUAAAAAAAUAAGCAAGGUUAAGGGUGUAUACACAAAAAUAGAACCAAUUUGUCAAGCACUUGAAAUCGAUCGACAACGAUGUGAUCAAGCUAUGAUCCCGAUCAGCUUUAAUGGUCGUGAUGCAUUAUUUAUGUAUACACAACUUUUAAAAGAAGCCCUUUUGGAAAUUGAAGAUGACGAUGUCAAAUCAAUUAAAGAUCUCGUAGAUUACUGUCGUCUGCAAAACGAUGUUGAUGAAGAUCAAAUUAAACUUGUUGAACGUGAAUAUCGUGAUCAUACACCAAUAUGGUGGUAUACGGCUGAAACAUUUAUAUAUCCAAUGCUGAAUCGGGGACUCCGACAAAUGGAUGUUGACAUCAUCCUUAAAAUGGGAUUUUUCAUCCGGCAUUUACAUCAACAUAUUACCGAAUUACAUGGCGAACAAAAAGGCAGCAUGCCAACAAAUUUUCAAGUCUUCCGUGGACAGGGUUUGUCCAUGGAAGAUUUUGAAAAAAUGAAAAAAACCAAAGGAGGACUUAUGUCCUUCAAUAAUUUUCUGUCGACAAGUCGCAAUCGCGAGAUUUCACUGAAUAACUUUGCACGACCAGCAGCAUUUAAUACAAAUUCAGUUGGCAUCCUUUUCAUUAUGAACAUUGACACGGCUAUUUGCACGAAAUCCUCAACACCAUUUGCUGAAGUAAGCAAAGUUGGCUACUACAAAGAUAAAGAGGAAGAAAUACUAUUUUCAACACAUGCGAUUUUUCGUAUCGAUCGCAUUGAACGAAUUCCCGACAAUCACUCUGAUCGGCUAUACGAAGUUAAUCUCACUAUUGUCGGUAAUGACAAUCAUGAAUUGAACACACUUACAGCACACAUACGUAAGGAUCUUGGUGGUCGCACGGGAUUGUCUCGACUUGGUUUCAUACUUAUUAAAGUGGGCGAACCUGCAAAAGCUGAACAACUCUAUCAAAUUCUACUCGCAAAGGCGUCUUCUGAUCAAGGUCGAGCGGAAUAUAAUCAUCAACUUGGCUGGGUGUAUGAUGAUAUGGGCGAGUAUUCAAAAGCACUUUUAUAUUACGAAAAAUCACUGGAUAUUUGCAAGAAAAUUCUCUCUCCAAAUGAUCUCAGUUUGGCUUGGUCCUACAACAACAUCGGCUUGGUGUAUUAUAACAUGGGCGAGUACUCGAAAGCACUUUCAUCGCACGAACGAUCACUUGAAAUCCAGAAAAUAGCUCUCCCUCCGAAUCAUCCCGACUUGGCUACUUCCUACAACAACAUCGGUGGGGUGUAUAAUAACAUAAGCGAGCACUCUAAAGCACUUUCAUCGUACGAACGAUCACUUGAAAUCCAGAAAAUAGCUCUCCCUCCGAAUCAUCCCGACUUGGCUGCUCCCUACAACAACAUCGGUGCGGUGUAUAGAAACAUGGGCGAGUACUCGAAAGCACUUUCAUCGUAUGAACGAUCACUUGAAAUCCGUAAAAUAGCUCUCCCUCCGAAUCAUCCCGACUUGGCUUAUUCAUACGACAACAUUGGUUUAGUGUAUUCUAAUAUGCGAGAGUAUCCAAAAGCACUUUCAUCCCAUGAAAAAGCACUAAACAUGCUAGAAAAAACGCUCCCUCCAAAUCAUCCCGAAUUGGCUAGUUGCUAUAACAACAUCGGGUUGGUGUAUAAUAACAUGGGCGAGUACUCGAAAGCACUUUCAUCGUAUGAACGAUCACUGGAAAUCAAGAAAAUAGCACUCCCUUCGAAUCAUCCCGAUUUGGCUGCUUCCUACAACAACAUCGGUAUGGUGUAUAAUAACAUGGGCGAGUACUCAAAAGCACUUUCAUCGUACGAACGAUCACUUGAAAUCAAGAAAAUAGCUCUCCCUCCGAAUCAUCCCGACUUGGCUGCUUCCUACAACAACAUCGGGUUGGUAUAUUAUAACAUGGGCGCGUACUCGAAAGCACUUUCAUCGUAUGAACGAUCACUUGAAAUCCAGAAAAUAGCUCUUCCUCCGAAUCAUCCCGACUUGGCUGCUUCCUACAACAACAUCGGUAAUGUGUAUGAUAACAUGGGCGAGUACUCAAAAGCACUUUCAUUUCUUGAAAAAGCACAUGAAAUUGAUCGCAAAACAUUGCCAUCAAAUCAUCCACAUAUCGCACAAUCGAAAAGAAACAUUGAACGAGUGAAAAAGAAAGUGUAA